AUGGCCUUCCUUUGGAAGGCGAUGGGCCUCUCUGAAUCGGUGCCUGGAUUUCCUUACACACCGAGUAGUGGCAGCAGCAGCAGCAGCACCGCGGCAUCGCCUACCAUCACGUGGACGAUGCGCCCUGGCGUGUGUGAUGAGGAUGGGCGACCCGUCACAAUCUUCUCCGUUAACUUAGCGAAGGCGGACGCUGGCAUGAAGGAUCUCGCGCGACAUGCGAUGAAGCGCGCAAAGAGCUUGCUGCUGCCUGGCCUUUUGCGUUGCUACGGGGCGACAGAGCACCAGGACACCGUCUACAUUGCUACAGAGCCGUGUGAGCAGUUGAGCAGCGCGCUGCAGAAGCAGGCAUCCGGUACCCACGACGAAGAGGAAGGUGAUGAGGAGGAUGCAUUUCUCGAGAGCGUCGCGUUGGGGCUCAAGUCGGUGGGUACUGCACUCGCCGCACUGCAUCGCCACAACUUAGUGCACGGCAAUGUGUCGUGCUGCACGGUGUACGUGCUGCCGGGCGGUGAGUGGCGGCUCUUCGGUCUCGAGCUUGUCAGCACAUUCAAUGAGCGGCAUGGCGUGUACCAGCAGUUCGCCUCACUGCUGCCGGAGUACCGACGUCCGCCGGAGACGCUGCAGGCGAACUACGAGCAGAGCCUGCACGUGAGCAGCACCGAUUCAUGGGGUAUGGCGUGUCUUAUUUAUGAAGUGCUCGGCGUGGCAAAGGGGCAAUCAGUGGCAGCGUGCAAGGGGAGUGAACUGCGUAACUGCCGCUCCCUGCCGCGUACUCUGCAGAGCGGUUUCAUUGGGCUCUGUGCCGCCAACCCAAAGAUGCGUCAUGAUGUGGAGCGUUUCUUAGGUAACAGUGAGUUCAUCGUGGGGAGCGAGUUCGUGCAGUGCAUGCAGGUGCUGGAGGAGUUGUCGCUGAAGGACACCGUGGAGCGGGAGCGCUUCUUUGAUCACCUCAAUGACGUCUUGGACACAUUUCCCAAGAAGGCCUGCAAGUGCCUGGUGCUGCCGAAGCUUCACGCCUCCUUUCAGUUUGGCGUGCUGCCGGGGGUCAUCGACCCCAUUCUGAAAAUCGGCGCACACAUCACCUCAGAGGAGGAGUACGGCACACACGUUGCGCCCCUUAUUCUCAGCCUGUUCGCGUCGCAAGACAGAAUGGUGCGCUAUCGACUCCUGCAGCGGUCAUCCGAGUACGCAGCAUCGCUGCCAGCAAGUGUGGUGAAUGAGAAGUUGUGGCCAUUGUUUUCGUCAGGAUUUAGCAACACGGUGCCUAGCAUUCGAGAGUACAGCGUCCGUGCUCUGGUGCCUUUCGCUAAGAGUCUUAGCGAUAGUAUUUUGCUGAACGAGGUACCUAAAUACAUUGCACAGCUACAGCAGGACAUGGAGGGCGCUAUCCGUACAAAUGCCACUAUAGCCCUUUGCCUCAUGGCCGACAUGAUACCCGCUGAUCAGCGUUCGAAGAUACUCGUCAAUGGGUUUGGUCGCAUGCUCAAGGAUCCGUUCGUCCCCAGCCGCGUCGGUGCCCUACGUUCGCUUCAUACAACGCUGCGGCACUUGACACCACAACACAUUGCAGAGCUCAUGCUCCCCGGCGUGGCGCCGCUAACUGUGGACAGCGUGCAUGAGGUGCGACAGGUAGCGCUGGACGCAAUGCGUGGGGCUAUAGAGAGACUCGACGCACACCACGCAGAGGAAUCCGCGCGGGAGGCGAAAACGGAAACAGCAGGAGAAGGGACAAGUGGGACUACAGGUGCUGUGCCAGACACGAACAGCAAUAAGGCCACCAACUCCAAAUGGGGGUGGCGGUGGGGCUCCAGCACAGAGGAUGCGAAGGCGGGAACAGUGCCACCUCCAGCGGCAGAGACAGUAGAAGCAAAGACAUAUGGUGAAAACGGCGUGAAGGGCUCUUUCGGGCUUCCGCCGACAACGGCGAAGACGACAAUAACAAAAACAAACGACCCUUUCGCCACUUCGGGCUUUGAUGACGAUUGUGGUGAUGAUGACCCGUGGGGAACGGAUGUGGAUGUUGUGCCCGUCACGAGUAGUGCUCCACGUAAACCCUCCAGCCAUCGCGCUGACCCAGGCACCUCCACGGAUUCUGCGACGGGUGGCCGUGCGAUGAAGCUGCGGAAGAAGGGUCUCGGGGCCGCUCGAGUGUUGUAG